AUGGCGCAGCAAAGCGUGGAUCCAUUUACUGGUGUCCCAACGGAGACCAGCGAAAGUACGAGCUCAGAAACCCCAUCCGCAACACCAGGAUUCUUGCACGGCUCCAGCUACCCCAGCAUCGACGGCACGUGCGGACCGAACCACGACGACAUGUACUGCGACACCAGCGGCUUCGGCGAAUGCUGCAGCAAAUACGGCUACUGCGGAAGCUCCGCCGACUACUGCGCCCCAGGCCAAUGCGUACCAGAGUUCGGGAUAUGCUCGACUGGGGACGGUACGACGCCUAUAGAGGCCGCUCAGCCCACCUGUAUCGUCUCGCUCAAGAAGCCGUAUUUCUGCGGUACUAUUCCGGACUUUUCGUCGGCGGAUAAGGCGUCUUGUAUCCAUGCGGCGGAGGUCUGCGCGAAUCGGGCAGACGAGUGUACGGCGUCUGUGGAGCAGGAGAUAACCACCGAGUCCAUGGUGGAUCCUGGAGCUGUGGAUACCUGUGACAGGUUCGAUAGCUUCUGUGAGAUUCUGGGCGUGUAUUGUGCUACUCUGGCAGGGCCGGUGUGCAAGAGGAAUGGGAGUUGUGAAGUAUGA